AUGAAUCAGAACAACCACACACGGGUGACAGAAUUUCUCCUUUUGGGUCUUUCCGAUGACCCUCAGACUCAAUUGCUGCUCAUUGUACUGUUCCUGGCUGUCUACUUAGGCACUGUGCUUGGGAGCUUACUCAUCAUCUACCUAGUUCUAACUGAUUCCCACCUCCAUACACCCAUGUACUUUUUCCUCUGUAACUUGUCUCUGGCUGACUUUGGCCUCUCUACUGUCAUAGUUCCCCAAGCAGUAAUCCACAUGUUAACUAAGAGGAAUGUCAUUUCCUUUAUUGGAUGUGCAGCUCAGAUUUUUCUUUCUAUCCUUCCUGGUGGUGCACAGUGUUCACUGUUAGCUGUAAUGUCCUAUGAUCGGUAUUUAGCAAUCUGUGACCCCAUGCAUUACUCUCUCAUCAUGACAAAGAGGAUGUGUAGCCAGUUAGCAUCAGGUUGCUGGGUCAGUGGCAUUAUUACAUCUUCAGUUGAUACUUUAUUCACAGUAUGCCUCCCUUACCAAGGAGACAAUAAGAUUGCUCAUUUCUUUUGCGAUGCCCCAAUUCUUUUGACCCUGGCAUCUGGAGACACACAUCAAGCAGAGAUGGCCAUUUUCAUCAUGGGGGUAGGGAUUCUUCUUGUACCUGUGGCCCUGAUCCUGGUCUCUUACAGUGCUAUCAUAGUGACUGUUAUCAAGAUGAAAACAACCUCAGGAAGACUCAAGGCAUUUUCCACCUGUGGCUCCCAUCUCAUUGUGGUCAUCCUUUUUUAUGGGACCCUAACAAUUACCUACAUGACACCCAAAUCCUCCAGGGAGCAGAUCAAGCAGAUUGCUGUGUUUUAUGGUAUCAUUAACCCUAUGCUUAAUCCUCUCAUCUACAGUCUGAGAAAUAAGGAGGUGAUGAGGGCCUUCAGAAAUGCAGUUAAAAAAAGGGAAUCCUAA